CUAGAAAGAAGUUGCACUUCUCUUUGUUUUGAGUCUUGAGGAAGCGAUUGAAAGAAGAGAGUUAUGAUCUUGGUUUUUCUUCCACCUCCAAACAACCACAACCACCGCCAUGGAAGCUGGUAGAGGCAAAGCUCGAACCAACACUCUUCUCUCUCGCUUCUUUCUUUCCGGUUUUUACUGCUGGGAUUGGGAGUUCCUCACUGCCCUUCUCCUUUUCAGUUGCCCUAAUACCUCCUCCUAAAUCCUAAUUAACUAACCCAUAAUUUAGUUAAAUCCCAAAACCGAAAAAAGGGGGUGGGGUUUGCAGAUCAGUUACAUACUGUUAUAGCCAAAUUUUUUUUGUUUCCUUUUUCUGGUUUUUUCCGAUCGGAAAAAAUGGCGCAAAGGUCCGUUCCGGCGCCGUUUCUGAUGAAAACGUAUCAACUUGUGGAUGAUCCGAGCUCGGAUGACGUGAUAUCGUGGAAUGAAAGUGGGACGACGUUUGUGGUUUGGAAGACAGUGGAUUUUGCGAGGGACAUGUUGCCUAAAUAUUUCAAGCACAACAAUUUCUCAAGCUUCGUCCGCCAGCUUAAUACCUAUGGAUUUCGAAAGACUGUGCCGGACAAAUGGGAGUUCGCGAACGACAACUUCCAGCGAGGGCAGAAGGAGCUCCUGUCCGAGAUCCGCCGCCGGAAAUCUGUGACGUCAACGGCGGCGCACGCACCCCCCGGCGAAAAAUCCGGAGUACCAUCGACACCGUCGAACUCGGGGGAGGAGAUGGCGUCGACGUCGACGUCGUCGCCGGACUCGAAGAACCCGGGGUCGGUGGAGACGGCGGCUCCGAGCCAGGUGGCGGAUUUAUCGGACGAGAACCAGAAGCUGAAGCGGGAGAACGAAAAUUUGAACUCGGAGCUGGCGCAGACGAAGAAGCAGUGCGACGAGCUGGUGGGGUUUCUGGUGGAGCACAUGAAGAUGAAGCCCGAUCAGAUCAACCGCAUCAUCGGGCAGGGAAUCUGUGGGCCCAGCGGCGAUGAUUUUGAAGCGGACGAUCAUGGUCUUGAUCUGGAUAUGGAGGGUGGUGAUGAUGAGGAAGAAGAGGAGGGAUUGAAGCUGUUUGGGGUUUGGGUGAAAGGAGAGGAGAAAAUGAAGGGGAAGAAAACGGGGCGAUAUGAGAUAUUGGGGGUUGGUGGUGGCGGUGCCGGCGGGCCCCGCGCGAAGAGGAUGAAGGGAGGGGUGGAGUUUCACGCGCCGAUGAUGAGGACCGGGAAGGUGUGCAACUAGGCUAGCUGAGCAAGCCGAGCUACGCGGAGCUAGCUGGAAGGUUGGGGAGGUGUGCAUGGUAACUACUGUGCACAUACCCGCAUGCAGUUUGAAAAAUUUGUAGAAAAUGCUUUUAAUUUUGCAUAAAAUAUGGAGCAAUACCAAAGUGCGUAGGUAGUAUCGUAGAAGGGUUGCAAAUUUGCAAUAGAUAGAGAAAGAAUAUGGUGGUGUUAUUAUGUAACUAUAAUAAGGAAUGGGGUUUUUGAACCUUGUUAGGUAUGAGAGGAUCCGGAUUUGAUACUCUGUGCUGAUGAGUCCGCUUGAUUGUGGUUACGAGUAAGAUGAAAUUCUCUGGGUUCGGAAGAGGUGGAUAACUGUAAUUUGCCACCAGUUGCUCUUCCUUUUUGUUUUUGAAAAAAUUAAAAAAAACAAAAAGAAGCCCUUGUUAUGUAUGUACAAUGCUAGAAAAUGAGACUUGAAACGGUCUCUGUUUUUUUUUCCCCAUCGUUUAGGAAAAUUUAAUAUUUGCAAUUUUA